UCUCCGGAGAAAACGAGGGCUUUCCGAUUCCCUUCCUGUUCAAAAUGCAGCCCCAGACGCAAGCGUGUCCACCCUCGAACGGCAGGCUCAGAACAGGGGAUGGCUAAAAUAAUGAUUCUGAUUAAACACCACACCCCAAGGGGUUAAUGCAGCAGUCGUGAUUAAAACAACAACGCACAGCGCAACACACACACGCACACACAAAAGCCCCAGGCCAGAACCACCCUUUCCUUGUGCAAGUCUCCUGGUUUCCUUGGAUUUCGAACAAAGCAGCAAGGCGGGGUUCGCUCAUCUGACAUGAUCGUGAUUUAUCGCUUUGCUUAUUAUGUUUGGAUCUAAGCAAGGGGAGGCUUGAUCUGGGCUCUCUUGGAAGGUGGCUCAAGAAGCAUGCUUGGUCUGGAAAGUGAGGUCUAAGGAUGGUGAAACUUGGGAGCAAUUUGAAUGACAAGAACAAGCAGCAGCCGUCCAAUGAGGAUGGCUUUCAGACGGUUCCAUUGAUAACACCCUUGGAAGUAAAUCAUUUGCAGUUCCCAGCUCCGGAAAAGGUGAUUGUGAAAACAAGAACAGAAUAUCAACCAGACCAGAAGAACAAAGGAAAACUCAGAGUGCCCAAAAUUGCUGAAUUCACAGUCAGUUUCACUGAUGGUGUAACAGAAAGAUUAAAGGUCACUAUUCUCAUCAGUUUGGCUCUUGCGUUCCUCGCCUGCAUAGUAUUUCUUGUGGUAUACAAAGCUUUUACCUACGACCACAGUUGCCCAGAUGGAUUUGUUUAUAAGCAUAAGCGGUGCAUUCCAGCCUCCCUGGAUGCUUACUAUUCCGCUCAGGAUUCCAACUCCAGGGGCAGAUUCUACACCGUCAUCAGCCACUACAGCAUGGCCAAGCAAACCAGCUCACGGUCCGUCUCUCCCUGGCUUUCCUCUGGAUCGGUAAAUCACGAAGCCAAGGCCGCCAAGACAGAAGGCCAUUAAAGCCAGCUGGUGGCCUAGGGAUGGAGGGGAAUGGGGAAGAACAACAUCAUGUCUCUAAAGCAUUGCUCUAGUUCAGCGAGGGCACUGGGCAAUCAGUGCAGCAAGAAUAAAGCAACUCCAAGUGCAGGUGUCAUCUUAAUGGAUAUUUCUCUCUCUUUCUUCUCUCUCUCUCUCUCUCUCUCUCUCUCUCUUUCACUCUUUCUCUCACCCCCCCUCCUUUGGUGCAUUGUUCUCGUUGAUUUGUAACUAAGUCAAAAUCCUGUACAAAGGCAUGUUAGGUGUUGACUAUAUCUUAACAAUGUACAAAUAUUUUUAAAAUCAUUGCUUAAGAUUUGUUAGAAAAAUGAAAAAAAAAUAAUGAAAAAACACACAAACAAAAGCAAAUCCAGAGAACAUUUGCGAGGAAGUAGAAGAAAUCACAAGCAUAGUUUCUCAGGCCUUCCUUGCCCGCCCCCAAAGGGAAAACAGCAACAACACACAAUACUGUGGAAUUUGUCUGUCAGAUUAAAAGGGAAACUUGUGUUGAUGGAGGGACACAAUAGAAUGUUACACUAGGCUGGGCAAAAGGGCAUGAGCCUCUAGCCCAACUUAGGGCUUUACAGAUCUGAUCUAUAAAAUGAAAAUGGAUGCGGAAACCCUUGACGCAGUGCAUUCAUUGGAGUCCCCUGCAUGUGCAAUGACCUGGUGGAUCGUGGCUACCAUUUCUUUGGUUUCUCUCUCAGAGGGAAAUACUGAGGAAGGGCCAUAGCUCAGUGGCAAAGCAUUUGCUCUGGAUGCAUAAAAUCCCAGGAUCAGUCCCCAUCAUCUCCAGAUAGGGCUGGAAAUGUCCCCUGCCUGAAACCCUGGAAAGCCACUGCCAAUCAGUGUAGACGGUCCAGAACUAGAUGGAUCAGUUGACUGACUCAGUAAAAGGAGACUCCUUAUGUUUGUGCCAAUUCACAUGUCUAUACUGACUCACAAACUGAGUUUAAAACGUUCACCCCCAACCCCCACCAGGCCACAGUUGAGCUGGUCUGUUGGCAACCUUCUUGCUUUCUAAAAUACCUGUCCUAUUAGAUGUCGGAAAAGCUGAAACAGGAAUAUCUGAAAUGACCUCUUUCUGCUUCAGAGGCCACCGGAGGAUUGAUUCUCCAGUGCAGUGAGCAGUAUUUUGAGGAAGAUAAGCCCCUGAAAUUAGCUUAUUCUGUAGAUAAUUAGUAGCUUACAAGAAAGAUUCCAUGAACACAAUCCAGAGGUGAGCGCCUCUCAGACUUGCAAACCUAAAUGGGUUUUUUCCUACUCUUUCUGCUUCAGCUGUUCCUCACCUCAUUCAACCUCCAAUUGUCUUAUUUUUCAGACAAAGUGAUUAUUUUAUAUGACACCCCCCCCCAUAAUCUGCAUGUUACUUGGAGCUGUUGUGGAAAGAACAGGUAGACAAACCCCUGUGUACCAUAUGCAUGUUUUUCCUUGCUGGAACAUAGCGAGAUUCCUUAGGAUGAUAUGUUUUAAUCCCUCUAGAUUCAUCUUUUUGCCAUGAGCUAUGAAGCCCAAAGCUAAAAUACUCAACUAUUACCAUGCUGAUGGCAAAGAGACAUGGGGCCACUUUGCAUCUACCAUUCCCCACUCACAAAGAAAUAGUCUAAUUCCUCUAAUAGUCGGGGUGGGGGGAAGCUGAGCCUGGAUAGCUCAGUUGGUUAGAGCCAGUGCUGAUAAUGCCAAGGUUGCAGGUUUGAUCCCCACAUGGGGCAGCUGUAGAUUCCUGCAUUGCAGGGGGUUGGAGCAGAUGAUCUUCAGGGUCCCUUCCAACUCUACAAUUCUAUAAGUCUAUAAGUGUUUAUUUUGCCAAGACUACUUGGCUACUGCAUCUAGGCAUCUGGUUUAUACUGGGUCAGAGCACUGAUCCAUCUAACCCAAUGUUCUGACUGGUAGCAGCUUUCUGGGGUUUCAGGCAGAAAGAGAGCGAGAGAGCUCUUUCACAUCAUCUACUACCUUGUACUUGGAGAUGUUAGGGAAUGAACCCAGGACCUCUUGCAUGCAGAUGAUGUGUGCUACCACUGAGCUAUGGCCUCACCAUUUUCCUGCAUCAAAGCCAACCUUUAAUUGGUAAGACUUCAGGAAAGGGUGUUCAUUUCCCAUAAACAAGUCUUGCUAGGCUUGUCAUUGGUGGGACGGAGACAAGUAUAUAUUUUGACCGCAUCAAGAAGAGUGGAUUCCAUGCCAGUCUCCGUCACCAGCUGACUGCACAAAACCACCUCGUUGUGAAAACAAAGUACUUGUGUGAAUUGACCCUUAAGCCCAAUAUGCUUUACAUGGUUUGGAGCAGGGGUGCUGCUUCCUUGGAGUGGAUAGUGGUCAUCAGGGCAGGGUAUGGCGGCAUUUCUGGCUUCCUAGUGUGGAGGUUGCUGCUGGUAACUGAGAGGGAGAGGGUUGAGGCAGCUGGGAGGUUGGCACGGUGUGGAUGCAGCAGCAGGAACAUCACAUCAGCUCUGCUGCUGAACCCACAACCACACUUGACUUCACUGACACCUCCCCUCUUGGUUAGCAGCAGUGAUCUCCUCGUUGGGAAGCCUGCUGGGCAAAGCUGUCCCCUGCCACUGGCUGCUCCUGCUUGCAUUAUCAAUUAAACGUCAAGGCUUACUAGCACCACCUUAGGUGCCCAGAUCAUAUGGGCACUUCCAUGCAAUUUGACGCCCGGUGCAGGAAGUCCCAGGGCAUAGUUUGAGGGCAUGUAAUGCAGCCUCCUUGUUAAAGCUAAGCAGGUCUGGAUUUGGUCAGUGCCUGAAUGGGAAACUGCCUGGGAACUCCAUGUACACUGUCUUAUGAUGGAUCACGGAGGGAAAGCAGGUUAUAAACAUACUGAAGAAAUAUUACAACUUCUUUGAGUGAAUGAUCAUUCAAUUAGAUGGGCUGGAAUUUGCUUGGGAGUGGUCAGCGGGAGCAACGUUUCGAUGAUUAUGCCCAAAGUGAACCAAAUUAAAAGGAAAACUAAGCAAAGUGGAAUUGAAUCAAACCCAAUCAAAGUGUUAUACUGACUGCAAGUGAGAGUCCUACAAAAUGAACUCGGAAGUCAGAUAUCUUAUUUAAGUCAAAUAUGUAUAUUUUGUUUGCAAAAAAAAAAAAGUCCAUUGAGUUGGAGCUGGAGUACAAAAGGAGUUAUGAUAAAUGGUUGUAUAAUGUAGCCAAAACUGUAGUGCCAAAUCUCAUUGUCUGACUUUUUACCCUUAUCUCUCUACCCCCUUCCUGCUUCAUACUUCACCUGUAAAUCCAUUUCUCACCUGAAAUGUACAAAUCCAUGGGGAGGGGGGGUUAAGCCCCCAACAACAAUGCCCAGAACAACUACUGGACAAUUUAUAAUUUUGUGGUGUAUUGUAUGUCAGUAGGUAGAAGAGACUGAAGUAUUUUUGGUGUAGUUCUUGACCUUUUCUGACAGGACAAAUAAAGCUAGAUGUGUCUGAGAGUCUCA